AUGAGUAACGAGGGAAACAGCUCAGUUACAGUCGCAAGGGGCGGUCUGCUCAAGUUGGCCGUUUUACGCUCGGCGCAGGUGGAGCCGAAGGGUGCUCCCACGAAUGGUUCCGUGAAGAGGCCUCACAUGUGUAGGAAAAAAGGGGGAGGCAGAGGAGACAAAAAAAGAGACAAAAAAAGAGGCAAAACGGGGCGGCAAAACAAGGCGAACUCAGAGCUGCUCUCGUUGACCUAUGGCGCUCUCGUGAGUCAACUCUUAAAGGACCUCGAACUGGUGGAUGAAGUUAAUGAGCAGUUGGAGAAAAUGGGAAACAACAUAGGCAUACGACUGAUCGAGGAAUUUCUGGCCAAAUCGGACAUUUCGUUUUGUGAGGACUUUGAGGAGACCGUGGAGGUCAUAGCGAAGGUGGCAUUCAAGAUGUUCCUCGGAAUAAGCGGGAACGUGACGUGUGUAGACAAAGAGACGAAUUUGUACUCCAUAACUUUUGAUCGGAAUCCGCUAAGCGAUUUUGUGGAACUCCCCAAAUCUUUGUCGUCCCUGAAUUAUUGCAGCCUGUUGUGUGGAGUUAUCCGGGGAGCCCUCGAGCAGAUCCGCAUAAAAGUGAACUGCUACUUUGUGAAGGACAUGCUGAAGGGAGACGACUACUACGAGAUUUACAUUCAGCUGCUGGAGGUUAUGAAGGAAGAAAUUUUAAAUGACGAAGAGUCGUGA